AAUGUAAUGUCAAAACAGCUAUUUAAGAUGCCGAGCAAAUUGCUUAAACUUUAUUAUGAGGGCCUGACUCCGUUGUUCUGUUAUGCAGAUCGUAUCGCAUAGCGGUUUUGGGCGCCUUCUGUCUUAAACUAAACACCGCAGUCAGGGUCAAGUUCGCAGACAACGUUGCACCCACGUUUUCUCAGCAUGCGAAGUUGAAGAAAAGUCCAACGCCUGAAUUCUUUGAUAUUUGCGUUGAUAUUUUCCUCCUUGUACUCCAAAAACGUUUCCAUUCAGUCUCUGUCGUUUGAUGUACUGAUUGCGGCUUGUUAUGACAGGCAUGUAGAAAUGAGCCGCUGGCCUGACAAUACAAACAACGAGGAGGAAACGUAUCGCGCGCCAUUUGCGUCACGCAGCGCUCGAGAGGCUAUAGAUAUCUAUGCGCAUGGCCGCUAAGUUGGAGAGCUGUGGUGUUUGUGCGUGGGUUUGUGAAUGCAUUGGUUUAACCAAAUGUGCCGGUUUCCCGCGAGUAUGACGUAUUUAAAAUGUAUGCACCCUGUAGGAAAGUGUCUGUCCGCACGAGGCCGGGAGCGCGAGAGUCAGUUAUGAAACUUGCGCGGUUUCACGUGAUCAUGAUGAUGAAGAUCGGCGGAUUUAAUGCUAAUGAUCUCAGUCUUUCCUGGGUCUGUGAUGCUUCAAGUUUCCUUUGCCUUGUUCCACUCUCCAGACUGGCUAAAUGAUCUCAGUUCGAUUUAAACGUUUUUCCUCUCUCUAGCAGCUUUGGGAAUGAAUGACCUCCUCACCCUCAUGUCGUUUCAUAAUAUUACUUGAUGCAUUUUAAUUAUUCUAAAAUGCAUUAUUAACCACGUCACUGCUGAAAUGGGAAAACAGUGUUAUGAAAAUGUUCAUUGCUGUAAACUAAAUGUCUGUUGUUUUCCCCUUGCGCAUCUUAUCCGAUAAAUAUCCCAUAAUAACAAGAUGAGAGCAAGCACGUGGGUUAUUAUCAGACAAAAUAUUAAUAAUUAGCAUGAAUUUAUGAAAAAUAAUGAAAAUGGUCAGUUUGAGUCGGUGUAUUUAAAUAUCUCCUGUUUGUCCCUUUGUUUAUUUUUACAUAACCUGUUUUUCCUCUUCUGUGGUCAGUUUUCUGUGGUUAUUGUGUGUAUGACAGGUAUUUGACUUGUAAUGUGCAGUUUCUUGAUGAUUUAUUGAUCAGUGUGAGUUCAGUGAAUAGUCAGUAAUCAUUUAUUAGGACAUCUUAGCAUAAUUACUGUUUAUGUAUCCUCCUGCUUGCUUUUCAUGGCUUGUAUGAUUUCUAAAUAAUUGUUAAAAAUCAUGUUUUACAUUGUGAAGUUUUGAUCAACUAACACACACAUUUAGUCGUUUUGUUCAGUUUUUUGAACACGACACAAAUCACGCUGAAGCAAAAGAUGUGUGCAUGCUGUAAACCAACCAGCAUGAGAGAUGAUGUUGGUGUGUGAGUGUGUGAACAGCAUGACAAAGAGCCCUCCUCACAGGCGUGGGAUCACGUUCGAGGUGGGAGCGCAGCUGGAGGCCAGGGACAGUCUGAAGAACUGGUAUGCAGCUAGCAUCGAGAAGAUCGACUAUGACGACGAGAAGGUUUUGAUCCACUACAGGCAGUGGAGUCACCGUUAUGAUGAGUGGUUUGACUGGAGCAGUCCGUACCUCAGACCCGUGGAGCGAAUCCAGCUGAGGAAACAAGGCCUCUCUGAACGCCAGAGCGCUCCGGGCUUUCAAGUCAACCAGAAAGUUCUUGCCAGCUGGUCAGACUGUCGGUACUACCCUGCUAAGAUCCUGUCCCGGGACAAAGAUGGUUUCUACACAGUGAAGUUUUUUGAUGGAGUUGUAAAGACAGUGAAGGGGAUUAAGGUGAAGCCAUUCCGCAAGAGCUCUGAUGGCAAGACCAAUCGGCAGACUCGAAAGCGGGGCGAUCAAAACAGGAAAAAGUGGAUGGCCAAGGAGAACGGCACCAGCAGAAGUAACGGCUCGAGACACAGCACGUCUGACCAGGAUGGAGACAGCAAAUCAGAGGAGGAUGAAGAAGAUGACUCCAGAGAUCUCCAGAACGGUGGAGAGGGCGAAAGCGCAUUGAACGAUUCAGAGUCGAGUUCUGCAGAGCACAACCAAAAACAGCACAGUGAAGAAAACAGGACAGAACCGCUUGAGAAUGGAGACGCGAACAACCCAGAGGAGAAAGAGAUGAAUGGAGGACAGGAGGAGUCCCAAGCACUUCAAAAUGGCAUUGACAAGAACGACGGAGACCAGAAAGAGAAGGAAGAAGCAACAGACGAAAGCCCCAGUCUGCCCAGAAGGACACGGAGUAAGGUGGCAGAUGGAAAAGAUGUGGAAAAGUCCAAUGGUCCAGAACUGAGGAAGAGACGUGCAUCAACGGGACAGAUGCCACCGUCCAAAAGGAGCAGAGCCAACUCAAGCACAGGACACUGUGCCUCUGAUCCCCUCAUAGAAAGAAACAGUCGAUCCCAAAUCAAACCAGACUCUGUCCCAGAGACUUCAGAAAGUAAGGAUGGCUCAACCAGUCCUGCAGAAAAUACAGCACCCAAAGAGGAGGCCGGAUCCACACCUGAUCCCGCUGCAGCAGUCAAACAGCCGCAAACCAUCCACCUUCCAACCACAAACAAGUAUAGCAGAGAACCAUUGUACAGGGUCAUCAAAAACCAGCCGCCCCCUAUCCUGUCCAUCGAGCUGGACCACAACCCGUUCAAAUGCACGAUCGCAGGCUGCCUCAAGUCUUUCCGCAAGGCGUCUCUGCUGCACUACCACAUGAAGUACUAUCACGCACAGAGCGACCCAAGCCCCCCUGACUGCACCCAGACGCGCUUCUCUGACAAACAGAACCAAAGCCAGGAGACCCCUCGCAGGCGCCGGACCGUCCCGUCUCCCCACCGUCACGCUCUGUCGCCCCCUGCUGUCGCCCUCCACCGGCAGCGCUCGGCCACGCUGGGCGCAGAGAGGAGCAAAGAGAACCAGCACUUCAACCGCUCGCUGCAUGACGACACACACUGGCUUGACAAGGAAACAGGAGCGAAAGAACGGGAGAGGCUGAGGGAGAAGCGACAGAGGGAUUUCUUCCGCAUCAAACUGAAGAAAAAGAAGAAAAGGAAGUCGAAGUCAGACUGUUUCAGCACUGAGGAGAGCAUUGGUCCAAAGCCUCUCCCCUGCAAUCUGAAUUCGGCCCACAAAUUGCCCCUCUCCCUCACACACCAAUCCUACUCGGGACACUGCCCCGAAAAGAUGCUCAGCCAGGGUGAAGACAGCAGCAGUGAUUUGUCCUCAGACAGUCCUGUAUGGAGUGAGGAGGAGUCUGACGCGGAGCUGGAUCUGAAUGUGCCCCUCUCAGAGCAGGGUGUGGAAACACUCCCUCACAGCUCUGAGAUCGUACGCUGUAUUUGUGAAGUGCAGGAGGAGAACGACUUCAUGAUUCAGUGUGAUGAGUGUUUGUGCUGGCAGCACGGGACGUGUAUGGGUCUGUAUGAGGACAGUGUGCCAGACAGCUACAGCUGCUACAUCUGCAGAGACCCACCAGCCCAGAGGCAGAGUCAAAGGUACUGGUAUGAUAAAGACUGGCUGAGCAGCGGUCACAUGUAUGGCUUGUCUUUCCUGGAGGAGAACUACUCCCACCAGAACAGUAAGAAAGUGGUAACUGCCCAUCAGCUCCUGGGGGACGUCCACCGUGUGUUUGAGGUCCUGAACGGCCUUCAGCUCAAAAUGAGCAUCUUACAGACACAAGCCCAUCCAGACCUGAAGUUCUGGCGGCAGCCCUGGACACCUGCAGACAGCCUGCGGAGGAAGACGGCAGGUGACUCGGGCAUAGCUACACCCUUCCCCUCCUCACCCCCUGAAAUGGGAGCGAAUGAGUUUGAGACAUUGAAGAGCGAAGUCCCAUCACCUGUGGAGAGGCAUUGCUCUUUCCAGGACUCGUACAUUAGCAGCGAGCACUGCUACCAGAAGCCCCGUACAUACUACCCUGCGGUGGAGAGAAGACUUGUGGUGGAGACACGGUGCGGUUCUGAGCUGGAGGACAGUCUGAGGAGCACAGAGGACCUUCUAGAGAUGGCCGAGCAGAGGUACGGCACGCAGCUGGACCACGACCAGCACAAGCUUCAGCUGGCCGACCGCUCCUUUAGUAAGGAGCUGGAGUGUCGUAUGAAGCGACUGGUUUCCGCAGAGCAGGAAAAGAGUUGUGUGGUAGAAAUCAAGGAAGAGGAGCCUGACCCGGUGACCCCUGACCCAAAGCCUGACCCUGAUCUUGUGCUGCACCAGCAGUGGCAGCUGAACCUGCUGGAGCACAUUGAAGCAGUGCAGGACGAGGUGACGCACAGGAUGGACCUUAUCGAGCGAGAACUAGACGUGAUGGAGAGUUGGUUAGACUACACAGGUGAGCUGGAGCCUCCAGAUCCUCUUGCGCGCCUCCCUCAACUGAAACAUCGCAUCAGACAGCUCCUGACUGACCUGGGAACUGUCCAACAGAUCGCACUCUGCUCCUCGUCCUCUUGAGGGCGACAGAGAACAUACAAACAGUUCACACUCAACUGAGUUCCUUAAAACUGCUGAAAUACUUACAUGUGCCUGUGUUUUGAGCGGAAACCCUUAAAUGAUUCAAGCUAACGUCAGUGUGACCGUUUCUGUGGCACAUACAUGUUGGAGUGAUGGGUCUGGUCAGCAGUAUAACAGUAGUCACCGGCUAGACAACACUCAUGAUUGAGGCUAAUGAUACCUGAUGCAAAAAAACGUGUUUUUUUUUUGUUUGUUUUCUUUUUUGUGGAAUAUAAUGCUUCAUUGUAGCACUUAUCAUAAAUAUCAUAGCCUUAGGAGGUUUGUUGUUGUUGUUGUUUUUUCAUGUCAUUUUCUCUGUAUUCUUCAUAUGCUAAAUAAUUGUUUUAUGUUAAUUCAUACGUGUUUAAGUGAUCAUUUUGGACUCUUUGCUCUUUGGCACUUCUUUGCACUGGGUGAAGAGCUUAAGGACCCUAGUGGUAUUUCACUGUAGUUAAAAGAAAAAAUGUUAAAUAGGAGUACAACAAUAUGAAAAAAUAUAUUUUAAUCUGAAAAAUGUGCAUUUUACUUUUAUAUUUGUACUAAGAAAUCAUGUAAACUUGUAAAUAACCCAAACAAUUGCUUAAACUGUUGCAUUUACAGUAAAGACUUCCUGUAAACUUUGAUCUGUUGUGAAUACUGUAGUUGUGGGCUUUCUGCCUAUAACCCUCUAAUUUUUUGACAGUUGAUGUUGCUUUCAUUUCAAAGCAGUGAACUUUGUUUCCACUGGUACAAAAAACAAGCACAGAAUGUUGUUCUCUUGCAUACUGAAUCUUUGUAUAGUUCUUUUUCUCCGAGGUUUCACUGUUUCUGAUACUGUUUUGUUAGUUUCUUUCUGUUGUUUAAGUGUACAAGACUGGUUUUGAUUAAGACAUUAGAUGCAUUUAAGUUAUUGUAAAUGUGAAUUUAAGUUAUUGAUUCUGCCACCCUUUUACAUCUCUCUGUUGGUUUUUAUUUUAUACAGUGUGAGUCUGAGUUUUGUAUGGUCAGAACAAAAGAAAAGCUGGGGUCUUUUUAGUGUUCUCACCCUGUAGUGUACUUCUCUCUCUCUCUCUAGACUAUUACUGUUUAAAAUCUGACUGAGCCUGAUCUAUUAUUUCAGGCCAAUCUUAGUGUCAUUCACCCUCAAAUACGCAAACUACAUUUGUUAAAAUCCUGCCAGCAGGUAUUUAGAGGGCUUGUGUUUUGUUGUUAACAUUCUCUGUACAGCUAGUGAGCAACUGACAGUCCAUUGAUUGUUUUUCAGUAUUGUGUAUUAUAUUUUUACAUCUGCCCUGUUGCUUUCCAGGCAUUGGAUAUCUAGUUAUGAUGUAUUGCAGUCCUUUUAUUUGUACAUUACAUUUUUCCAUCACUGGCAUCUUUUAACGGUGGGGUCCCUAGGAAUCUAUAAUAGGUUUUGAAAAAUAUACACGUAAUCCAACUGCAAGAAAAUAAAUGCAAACAUUUAAACUC